CUGUAUCCGUUGCAUACUCUGAGGCGGGCAACACAUUACGCAUACGUCGAUGGCCAGUGCAAGCAGCGAUUUAUUAGAGAAAUAACUAAAUAUAAAGGAACCAUUUGGAACAAACAAAAAAGUGGAUUCGGGGGCUAUUGAGUGCUUCUCGCGAGCGAGAAAAUUGCGACAGAGAAAUGAGGCAAAUUUAGCCGAACGAAAGAAAAUUUUUGGUCGCCAGAGCAAACUGUUGCUGCUGCUGUUGUUGUAUCUCUUGGUGGCUGGGGCACCAGGGUGCUUGCUGCUGGUGGCAGUUUGUGUUUGGUGGGUGACGGUGCCAAAUGUUGAUCAUGACCGCGUAAAAAUACGUAUAAAUAUAAUUAAAACCGAGAAACAGAAACAAAAUCAAAGCAAACAAGUUCACUUCACACGAUAUUCAAAUAAAAAUCCCAAACGAAAAUUGUAUAACGACAGCGAGAUGAACAGAACGAUAUUGCACUGGAGCUAUCUGAACUUCAGGGAUGUGCCGAUGGACCUGUUCCUGUAUGAGGAUCUAGAGGAGGUGUACCUCAAGGAGAACUUCAUUUCGGCGAUACCCCAAUGGCUGCUGAGUAUCACGACCCUCAAGUUUAUCCAUCUAGCGGGGAACAACCUGACCGAAUUGCCCCAUGACAUCUAUAUGCUGGAGAACCUUGAGUUCCUCGAUGUCUCCAACAACGAGCUGAAAGAGCUGCCGCCCACACUGGGUCUGCUGCUCCGUCUGCAGCAGCUGAACGUCUCCGGCAAUCGGCUGACACAACUACCAAAGGAGAUGAGCAACUUGCGCAAUUUGGAACAGUUGAACAUAUCCAAGAAUCGGUUCCGCCGCCUCCCCAUACAGCUGAGCGAAUGCGUCCGCCUCAACGAGCUGAACCUGAGCGACAAUGAGAACCUGCUGCACAUACCCGAGCGCAUCGCCAACCUACCGAUGCUACAAUCCCUCGCAGCUGAUCGCUGCGCUCUCAUCUACUUGCCGGCUGCUCUCUCCAAGUUUAUGAACCAUGUGCGCAUAUUUCACAACACGUCGAUCAACUACUUGCCCAUGAUCUACGAGAAGUUCUAUCAGAACUUCUACGACAAUCGCCAGAAGUUCACACCCAUUACCAUUAGCCACAAGGGUCUGUUCUGGGUGCGGGAGCUUGCUACAUACAAACGCCUGCUGCUUCCGGUGGGCACGCGAAGAGUCUUCGAAGUGCCCUCCAAGGAGAACCGGAUCACACUCUACGACGACUGUUUGCAUGCCAUCCAAACGCUGAACCGUCAGGUGCCUGUCUACGAGAACAGUGCUCUGCACCGCCUCCUCCCCGAGCCUUAUAUGAGCUCGCAGAUCAACAAUGGCGCCAUCGCCCGCUGCACGACUACCCAAUGCUCGAGGUGUUUGUACACUACCUACUACUUCAUGGUUGUCAAGAGAUUUGGGAGCUCUUCAAAGCAACUUUUCACCUGUAACUUCUGUUCUCAAUCUUGCGCCAAUUUCUGGCUUGCAGCCAACAGCAGAAGAUACUUUCAACUCCCCUGGAGAGUCUCUGAUGAUGACGACGAAGACGUCGACAACGGUCCUAGGAAGUAAAUUUGGAUGGAACGUCCGCCUAAAUGUUGUACAAAUGCACUCAUAUACGUACAUGUAGAAUUGUUUAGAUACUAUUGUACCUUUAAUUAGUUGUGUAAAUGUUGUGUGUUCUACUGGCAACCAGCGCCUACAAACUCUUACUCUAAGCUUAAACAAAACUCUGCGUUGGGCCCCGCUCAUGCAGGUGGAUAUAGUCGUCAAGGAGACAGUGCGACGCCUGCGGAUAUGCUCGGCGACAAUUCACUCCGUGUCGUCCCAUUCUAUAGGCAUCCAGAUAUCGUUCGUCCAGCGUUCGAUGGGGUCUAGCAGAUGGAGAAUAAUAGAUUAGAGAUUAGCUUCAAUUUGGACCUGGAAAUUCUCUUACCUCAGCAGUCUGUGCAACAGCUGGGCAUAGAGGCCACUGUGCUCGUGUACUUGUGCAUUCUCGCAGAUCAGACGCUCCAGACAAGCCGUUCCAUUCUGCCCAAUCUGCGACAUAUAGUUCUCGGCAAACUUGAACAGCAGAAUCUGCGGCUCAUCCACGGUAGGCGGAGCGGCAGGAGGAUUAGCACCUUUUAGGUCACGAGCACUGCUCCAAAGAUUCCACCAAUAAAUUGGUGUCUGCGGCUCAUUGAAUUGAUAAUGGAAAUUCAUCAGCCAGACCAGCUGGCGCCAGGCCUUCUUCUCUUGAAACGGAACCGGAAAGGCGCAUCCAGUGACCAGCUGUGCAGAGAAUAUGUACUACUUAUUGAUGUUACACUCUUCAAAAAUAUUCCUACGAUAGUUCACCUUGACAACUCCUCCAUUUUGGUAGAUCAGGAAGCGUUUCUGCCUCCGGUGAUGAUGCCAGGACGUCAGAUUGGGGCUCAUGUCCCGCCCACCUUCCACAGCCAGCAAAAGCAUCGAAAGAAUCAUUCUAUAAAAAAGUUGAAUACUUUAAUUGUAUAUCCUAUGUACGUGUAGGCAAAUCCGUAACUUGUAGGUCAAAUCACUCACAUGAGAUUCAUUCUGCCGCUUUUCGUGCUGUCCGCUUGGGCUCUGGACAGCGUAUACCAUACUCUUCGAUUUUACGACAGAAUUUUACAUAAAAGAGAAGAUCAAAGAUGAAAGAUGGAAGGUGAGAAAAAGCACGUGCUGUCGGUGGGUUUCCUGCUUUUGCUUGUCCGACUAAUUAGCGAACAACGCGACGUCUGCGCCGAAAGUAAUUAGAGCCAGAACUUGUUACCAAUCUGGCUGAGUAAAUCAAAGGCAGGUGGUUCUGGCAGCCAACGAACAGCAGAAGAACAGCAACUCUCAUAAGUAUAUAUCCACCGAAAACUGAAA